AAAUGUCAUUAGCCCUUUAAAAGUCAUCCAUUCCUGCUCAAAUACAUCCAGUAAACCCGCUUAAAGACACUCACUUAUGAUAAGAGCAAGUCAAUAGGCUCCAAAGUCACGUGAUAAUUGGUGAACAUUGCAACAGAAAUCUAUAAAGUUUCAUCACAAGGACCUUGACGACGAUUGACAAGAUAAACUUGAUAAAUGUCGGGAAACAACACAUGCGCCGGAGAAGGCGUAAGUCAAACGGAUGCUGGAAAGUCGGAGCAGCAGCUCCAGUGGGGCUGGAUAACGACAGCGACAUCUGCGGACAUUCAAACUCCCAUGAUGCAUAGCCAACACUGUUUACGUCAUGUGGUGGGAGAGGUGACAUCCGAUUGGCUCGACCGUCGACGCGCGCGGGUGUAUUUGAAAAUCAAAAUGGCUGCACUCGACGCUAUCAGUAUGUUACAGAGAUGUGAUCAGUUUCUCUUGAGCAAUGGAGUCGCAGAGAUGGUGGAUGCCAGCAAUGCAGGUGGCAUGUUGCUCUUUCUCAAGGACAAUUUUCGGGUCAACAAGGUUCUGUGGUGUCAGUUGUUUGCUUUGGACUCCAUGAUGUCUCUGCUCGACAGUCUGAAAUCUGCCCGGGAGCUACUUUCAUCAUCCUGCCCUGUCAUACCAGGUGGAGCUCGUGACAGAUGGAAGUCUCUCAAACUGGCCUGUGUUAAAAAGACAGAGGAGACAGAGGGUCUCCUGAUGGCUCUGUACCAGCAAACAACACGAAUGGAGGAGCAGCAACACACUCUCAAACAACUGCUGCAACAACUGAAUGCAAAGAAGGAUCUGAGUGAGCAGCUACACGAGUCUCUUCUAAAGACCCGGACUGCUCUGCAGGUGUGUGAUGAUCAGCUAAAGAAGCUGCAGGAAAAGUCAGAAGUUGUACAAGGUCACAUGAUGGCUUGGCAGCGACUCAGGAACACUCUGCAAGAGCAGGUAUCAGCCAGUCAGGAAACGCUGCAGAUACAACUGAUGUCCGUCAACCAGUCGGAGCACUCUCUGCAGCUGUUGCCCUACUCUACACCUGACUGCAACAGGUCCUCAGACCAGUUGGAGCCACUGAGACUGUCCAUCACUUGGAGCCAAGAUGACCACUUCCAGCUGCGGGUGGAGAGAAGCGCUGGGCUGCUGGAGGAAGUUCUGACAGGAGGUCACGAUGAGCUAAAUGCUGCCCUCCUGGAGGUGAAGCAGACUUACCUGAGUCAAGCUGAUUUGCUGGCGGAGAUCCAGGCACUCCGAUCCAGCUUUGCCAUCGACUGGUGUCCGACUCAGCGCCGUCUUGUCUGCCUGAUGUCAUCUUCCCUGCUUUGCGAACUGUCAGUUGAUGAGGGUUACCCUGUUAGUGGCCACGUCCACCUGCUGUCAGUCAGCAGAGAUGGCCACCCGGUGGACACAAGUGGACUACAGCCCCUGGAUACGCCUCUCUCGCUGACACGGUGGCUGUUGAUGCUCAGCAGUCGCCUGGCCUGAUCGCAGCUCCUUCACCGCAUGGAUCUAAUUGAUAUUGUCUUAUUGUCUCUAAUUAAUAUUGUCUCGCUUG